AGUACCAGUGCCUCUGUUCUUCAAUUCAUUUGGACUGCCAAGAAAUGUUUCCAGAUAGAGCAAGAGCAAAUGAAGCUGACAGAAAGUGCAAAGUUAAUGGCAAAUUUUAUCAGCAAAGUUUCUGAGAAGGACGCCGGGAAGAGGAAAGCCAGAGCGCGCCGUUUCAUGGAAAUGUUCGGGAGUCACGUUCCUGCUGGUGUUCAAACGCUUGGUGGAGUAUUUUUUAGCAUUGCAGACGCCGAGAGUGAGGGAGUACAAAAGACAACAACUCUGACCAAAGCAGCCACAGAAAAGCUUCAAACACAGAUGUCAUUCGGUUUUCUUGGCGGAGCGUUUGGCAUUGGGGGAAGCGUAAAAGCAGAGCACCAAGAAAGCACAGGCAAGACUCAGGGAGAGCAAGAAGAUCAGAAAAAGACCUCUUAUACUUACACUGUUCAUGCAAUGGGGCCAGCAGCGACAAAUCCAGUGGUCUUUCAAAAAUUACUGUCUUACAACUCCACCUGGGCCUUGAUUGAUCGUGGUCCUCAUGAAGCCUACAUACCAAUUUGGGAAUUGCUCAGAAAUCUGGGGGGCAGUUAUGAAGACGCAGCUCAAGUCUUGGAAGCCACCUGGGACGAAGAGGAGGAAAAGAAAAAAGAAGUCUCUAAAGAACUGAAGAAAUUUUACGACAAACGUAGAAAAAAGGAGGACGUUCGAAUGGAACUGCAAGAGUUAAGCAAAGAAUAU